AUGGCGACAGCAAGCCAGCCGAUUCCCGAACUCGGAGAGUUCAUCAUUGCCAACAAGGAUAAACUCCGCAACACAGGACAAGAGUCGGAAAUGAACAGGCUCUUGACCUCCAUCAAGUUGGCUGCCAAGGUCGUGAACCGCGAAAUCAACAAGGCCGGACUUGCGGACAUCCUCGGCGCAGCGGGUAACCAGAAUGUGCAGGGAGAGGAACAGCAGAAGCUGGACGUUUUCGCAAACCAGAAGUUCAUCCAGGCUCUGGUUAACCGUGAAGUCGUGUGCGGUAUCUGCACCGAGGAGGACGACGACUUCAUUGAGGUCAACAAGGAUGCUCAUUUCGUCAUGCUCAUGGAUCCCCUGGAUGCGCGUGUCUCCUCUGGGCUCGCCCCCGAGCUGCGCGACUUCCUGCAGCCCGGCCACGCGCAAAUCGCGGCCGGCUACGUUCUCUACGGAUCUUCCACGAUGCUUGUCAUCACCACUGGUGACGGAGUCAAUGGAUUCACGCUCGACCCCUCUCUGGGCACUUUCUUCCUUUCCCACAAAGGCAUGCGAUUCCCGGAGAAAGCACGCAUCUACAGCGUGAACGAGGGAAACUACAAGGCCUUCCCGGAGGGCGUGAAGAAAUUUCUCGAGGAGUGCCAUGACGAUAAGAAUGGCCCCUUCUCGCUGCGAUACAUUGGCAGUCUGGUCUCGGACUUCCACCGCAACCUGCUUCAGGGAGGAAUCUACAUGUAUCCCCCCACCAAGAAAGACAAGAAGGGCAAGCUGCGCCUGUUGUACGAGGCCAACCCGAUGGCGUUCCUGGCGGAGCAAGCCGGAGGGAAGGCGACGGACGGCUUCGACCGCAUCUUGGACAUCCAGCCCACGGAGCUGCACCAGCGCAUUCCGCUUAUGAUCGGAACUGCGAAACUCGUGGACCGCCUUGGAGCUUUGAUGGCUCAGUACAGCCCUGAGUGCCGCCUCCAUGGCGACAGCGCUGGCAAGCAGUAA